UCCGUCCAGCCAUGGCACGGCAGGCCCGGGGGCCGUGCUGGCCACCGGUGGUGGCCUGGGCUUCCCCCCCGCACAGCCUGGCCCGUGUGGUGGUCUGGGAGUGGCUGAACGAGCACGGGCGCUGGCGACCUUACUCGGCUGCUGUUUGCCACCACAUCGAGAACGUGCUGAAGGAGGAUUCCCGUGGCAUGCGGUGGUGCUGGCCAGGUCGACGUCCAGCUGGCACCUACGUCAUCGACCUCCAGUCCAUGCACCAGUUCCGGCAGGACACGGGGACCAUGAGGCCCGUGAGGAGGAACUUCUAUGACCCCUCCUCAGCCCCUGGGAAAGGCAUUGUGUGGGAGUGGGAGAAUGACAACAACUCCUGGACUCCUUACGACAUGGACAUCUGCAUCACCAUCCAGAACGCCUAUGAGAAGCAGCACCCUUGGCUCGACCUCUCCUCCCUGGGCUUCUGCUACCUCAUCUAUUUCAGCAGCAUGUCCCAAAUGAACCGGCAAACCCAACGCAAGCGCCGGCUGCGGCGCCGCAUGGACCUGGCCUAUCCCCUGACCAUGGGCUCCAUUCCCAAAUCCCAAUCCUGGCCGGUGGGGACCAGCACGGGGACACCUUGCUCCUGUCCCCAGUGCCUGCUGGUCAACAGCACCCGAGCUGCCUCCAACGCCAUCCUGGCUUCCCAGCGCCGCAAACUCUACCCGGGAGCCGUCCGCCAGAGCAGCACCUUCGCCGGGACAGCCCUGUGGCCAACGGGGACAGGGACGGUGGCAGGGACAGGUGGCACAGUGAAAGGUGAAGGGCUGAGGGCACCCAGUGGGGCGUUUGCCCCCAGCCAGAGCGUGCCCGGGCUCAACAACCUCAACAGACCCAGCACACAGCGAGGGAGCGGGCUCAGCACCAGGGCCACUGUCCCCCCUGGGGUCCCAGCCCUCCCUGUUAAGAAUCUGAACGGCACCGGUCCCGUCCACCCCGCCCUGGCAGGUAUGACAGGAAUCUUGAUGUGUGCUGCUGGGCUGCCCGUCUGCCUGACCCGUGCCCCCAAACCCAUCCUGCACCCCCCGCCCGUCAGCAAGAGUGACAUCAAACCUGUCCCCGGGGUCAACGGCAUCUGCAGGAAAACCAAAAAGAAGCACCUGAAGAAAAACAAGACCCCCGAGGACGUGGUGCGUCGCUACAUCCAGAAGGUGAAGAACCCCCCGGAUGAGGAUUGCACCAUCUGCAUGGAGAGGCUGGUGACCUCCUCGGGCUACGACGGGGUCCUGAGCCACAGGGGCAUCAAGGCAGAGCUGGUGGGCAAGCUGGGCAAGUGUGGGCACAUGUACCACCUCCUCUGUCUGCUGGCCAUGUACAACAACGGCAACAAGGAUGGCAGCCUGCAGUGCCCCACCUGCAAGGCCAUUUAUGGAGAGAAGACAGGCACACAGCCCCCCGGGAAGAUGGAAUUCCACCUCAUCCCCCACUCCCUCCCUGGUUACACCAACUCCAAAACCAUCCGGAUCGUCUACGACAUUCCCACCGGUAUCCAGGGCCCAGAGCAUCCCAACCCUGGAAAGAAGUUCACGGCACGGGGGUUCCCUCGGCACUGCUACCUCCCCGACAACGAGAAGGGAAGGAAGGUGCUGAAGCUGCUGAUCGUGGCCUGGGACCGGAGGCUCAUCUUCACCAUCGGUACCUCCAACACCACGGGGGAGUCAGACACAGUGGUGUGGAACGAGAUCCACCACAAGACCGAGUUUGGCUCCAACCUGACAGGUCACGGCUACCCUGACCCCAACUACCUGGACAACGUCCUGGCCGAGCUGCUGGCCCAGGGAGUCUCUGAGGCCACCCUGAAGGACUGAGGCAAGGGUGAGGGGCUCCCCACCGUCCCCUCGCCCCCG